AUGGAGAUAGGGUUGAUAACUGAAAACCGUGGUGCUACUGCCAUUGUGAGCGGAGGCAAUGCCAGUGGAGGGUGCGCGAGUUUUCUGAAUCUCCCCCAAGCACCUUUUGCACAAUCUCGGUUGAACGAGGUCUACGGCAAAGAGAUGAACUCUUGCAACAGCCUGCAAAAGGACUCUUGGAAUGUGAACGACAUGAAUAAUACUUGUAGCAGCAGCGAGAAUGCCAUGGAUGCUCUGCUGAGGGCUGAUCACAGCCCUCAUCUUUUAGAUGAAGACAUCUUGGAUAUGGAUGGUGAGAACAGCGAAAGGGUAUUAAUUAACAUUGCUGGACUCAGGUUCGAGACUCAACUGGGAACCCUGAACCAGUUCCCAGACACUUUGCUCGGGGACCCCCAUAAAAGGAUAAAGUACUUUGACCCCCUCAGAAACGAGUACUUUUUCGACCGGAAUCGGCCCAGUUUUGAUGGGGUACUUUAUUUUUAUCAAUCAGGUGGGAAAAUAAGGAGACCUGUGAACGUCUCCAUAGAUAUAUUUGCGGAUGAGAUCCGUUUUUACGAGCUGGGGGAAGAAGCAAUGGAGAAGUUCAGGGAGGACGAGGGAUUUAUUAAGGAGGAAGAGAAACCUAUGCCUACAAAAAGUGGCUUCCAGAAACAGGUAUGGCUCAUCUUCGAGUACCCGGAGAGCUCCAAUCCAGCACGGGGGAUCGCCAUUGUAUCUGUUCUGGUGAUCGUCAUAUCCAUUAUAACCUUUUGUUUGGAAACGCUGCCAGAGUUUCGAGAUGAGAGAGAGCUACUACUGUCUGUCAGUGGAACUAAUACUACUCAGGCUCUACCACCGAGUAGCACGUCAGACCCUUUCUUUAUAGUAGAGACUACCUGUGUGAUUUGGUUCACGUUUGAGCUUACUGUAAGAUUUUUUGCCUGUCCCAGUAAAUCGGCGUUUUCCAAAAACAUGAUGAACAUAAUAGAUAUUAUGGCUAUCAUCCCCUAUUUUAUCACCCUGGGCACAGAACUAGCAGAGCAACAAGGCAACAACGGGCAACAGGCGUUGUCACUGUCGAUCCUAAGAGUAAUUCGUCUGGUCAGAGUGUUUAGGAUCUUUAAGCUAUCAAGACACUCCAAAGGGCUGCAGAUUCUGGGUCAGACACUGAAAGCCAGUAUGAGGGAGCUUGGCCUUUUAAUCUUUUUUCUGUUUAUCGGUGUCAUUCUGUUCUCCAGCGGUGUUUACUUUGCAGAGGCAGAUGAGCCCGAGUCCCAUUUCUCCAGCAUCCCUGAUGCGUUCUGGUGGGCUGUGGUAACCAUGACGACCGUAGGCUAUGGAGAUAUGCGACCCAUUACUGUCGGAGGGAAAAUUGUAGGCUCUCUGUGUGCUAUUGCCGGCGUGUUGACCAUUGCAUUGCCAGUACCUGUCAUUGUGUCCAACUUCAAUUACUUCUAUCACAGAGAGACUGACCAGGAAGAGCACACUUCUCUUAAGGAAGAGCCAAACAGUGGCCAGGAAAGCCCUUGUAGUGACCUGAAGAUGAGCCGCAGCAACGCAUCUCUUAACAAGUCUACAGCUCAACUCGAAAUCAGUGAUGGGGUCAACAAUGGACGGUCAAUGGAAAAAACAAGCCUCAACGCAAAUAGCAACUUGGACCUUAAAAGGUCUCUUUAUGCGCUUUGCUUAGACACAAGUAGAGCGACAGACCUGUAAAUCAAAGUGUGUAUUCGGUUAGGUACAGUAGAUAUCAAUACUAAUAUAGACAGUGUUUGCUGUUGAGAGCUUUCUUUUGUAUAUCGAAAAAGCCCAUAUAAA